AUGAUUCUAAAUCACAUUUAUAUUUUCCUUCUGGGCUUUACUCAUUGUCUCUUUUUCAAAGUUUUUUGUUCUUUAUCUGAGUUCAGCUUGGAUGGCGAUUACUUAUUGGGUGGCCUUUUUCCAGUACAUGAAGUUGAACAGUCGACAUUCAUGUUCUCCCCAGAGGCCAUUGAAUGUAAAGGGCACACUUUCACAAAAUCUGGCUAUCAAAUGUUCCAAGUAAUGAGGUUUGCUGUUGAGGAGAUUAAUAACUCUUCCACCCUGCUGCCCAAUGUUUCUCUGGGCUAUGAGAUUUUUGACCAUUGUUCCGACACUAAGAACUUCCCUUCAGUCUUCAGUUUAGUCUCACAGAAUGGAUCAAUAAAACCUCAAGAAAAACUCAACAGCCAUCAACCUAAAGUGAUUGCCUUGACAGGACCAUAUGGAAGCACAAGAACUAUUACUAUUUCACCAUUGGUCACAAUGGACCUUGUACCACUGGUGAACUAUGGAGCUUCUAGUUCCACACUUAGUAAUAAACUUCAGUAUCCAACUUUCAUAAGAACAAUCCCUAGCAACAAAGACUUGAUACAGAUGAUUAUUCACAUCAUACAGUGGUAUGGAUGGAACUGGGUUGCCUUUCUUGGAGGUCCAGACAAUUACAGUGAAGAUGGUCUAAGACUGUUUUACAAGUAUACUAGCAAUACUGGCAUUUGCUUGGCCUAUCAAGAGACUCUUCACAUACGAGGAAACUACAAUCAAACACUUAAAAAUAUCAAUAUGCUAAACAUUAAUGUCAUUGUGAUUUUUGCUUUACCAAUAUAUGCAGAAAACGUAGUGAGAGCUGCCAUUGCAAACAACGUCCGAGACAAAGUUUGGAUUGCAAGUGAAACAUGGUCAAUGAAUCAGCAGCUUCCAAGAGAGCGGGGAGUUGAGAAAAUUGGUACAGUUAUUGGCAUUACAGAGCGAUUAUUGUCAUUACCUGGAUUUGAUGAGUUUGUUUAUAAAGUCAAAGCAACAACUAAUAAAGAUAAGAAUAGUAAUGUUGAGAGUGAAGUCCAGAAUAAGAUAUGCAAUCAAGAAUGUAAGGAAGGUGCAUUGCUGACUGCAGGGGAAAUUAUAGAUGAAAAUCCCACAUUCUCCUUUGCCAUCUACUCUGCUAUGUAUUCAAUGGCUAAUGCAUUACAUAAAGUUCUGCAGUGCAACCUGAAUGAAUGCCACAGAAACAUAACAGUUAAACCAUACAUGAUUCUGAGAGAAAUUAAAAACUUGGAUUUUUCACUCAAUGGCCGUCAGGUGAAAUAUGAUGUUAAUGGUGAUACAACCAUCAGUUAUGCAGCUGUGCUCUGGCGCACUGAAACAAAUUCUCCACGGAUUGAGAUGGUGGGCACCUAUGACACUUAUCCAGAAAUAGUUUUUGCUAUCAACAACUCUCUCAUGCCCUGGCAUAACAAUAAACCUGUUCCUUUCUCAAACUGCUCUGUUGAGUGUAGGGAAGGAUAUUCGAGAGAACAUGAAGGAUUUCAUGCAUGCUGUUUUCGGUGUAAAAAAUGCCCACAAAAUACCUAUGUGGAUUAUUCUCGUGACCCUUAUACGUGUUAUCCAUGUGCAGAGAGCGAAUGGUCUGAUGAGGGCAGCACGACAUGCAAGAUUCGUUCUGUCGUCUAUCUUCAGUUCACAGAAAUCACCUCCAUUGUUGUCAUCUGUUUCACUGCAUGCCUGAUUACUCUGCUCAUUUUCAUCUUUUGUCUUUUCGCCUACAAUUCUAACACACCAGUGGUGAGGUCUGCUGGUGGCAACAUGUGUUUCCUUAUGUUGGCGUGUUUAACUAUGUCUAGCAUAAGUGUUUUCUUUUUCUUUGGACAACCCACGUCUGCGGACUGUAUCCUGAGAAAUUUUAUAUUUUCGUUUUUCUUCACUAUCUGUCUCUCCUGUAUGACUGUUCGUUCCUUUCAAAUUGUUUGCGUCUUCAAAAUGGCCGCCGAGUUCCCUAAACUACACGGCUUGUGGGUAAAGCACAACGGCCAGUGGCUCUUCAUUUUGUUUUCUUCUUUUCUUCAUUUUAUUUCUUGUGUUUUAUGGGCAACUGUCUCAGCCGACCAUCCUGUCAGGGACUCAAUUACUUUUAAUGAUCAAACUAUGCUCGUUUGUGAAAGGAGAAACACGAUAACCAUCAGCAUAGUUUUGUUUAUAAGUUGGUUUCUUGGUUUUCUGUGUAUCUCGUUUUCUUACAUGGGAAGAGAUCUGCCAAAAAGUUACAAUGAGGCCAAAUCAAUUACCUUCAGUCUGCUUAUGUACUAUCUGAGCUGGAUUACAUACUUCACAAUAUAUCUCACUUUUAAAAGCAAAUAUGUCUUGCUUUUGAAUGCAUUGGCCCAAAUAUCCAGUAUAUAUGGAAUUCUCUUCAGCUACUUCAUACCAAAAUCUUACAUCAUGUUAUUUCAGCCCAAGAAGAACACUGCUGCAUACUUUCAAACAUCUAUUCAGAAUUACACCCAAACCAUUAGUAGGAGUUAAACCACAACAAUUGUGUAUAGAUGCAGACAAUGUUGUUUUCGUUGCAGGAUAUUUUUAUAAUUUAAAUGCAGUUGUAGAUACUUGACAUACAAAUCAGUUGUUAUAUUCUCUUUUUGUGAACACACUAUCUGGUAUAUUUAGUAGCGUACCUCAAGUAAACUUCUUUGGUAAACUUAGUAGCAAAGGGUCUAACAUUAAAUGUAGGUAUGUAUGUGUUCACUGUCUUUUUCUAUCUAUGUUGGGUCAUCACCACCAACAUACCACUACUAUUUAAAAAGGGUGGUAUGCCAUUUAUGUAAUGUUGCCAUUUGAAUAGCAUAUGUAAUGUGUGUGUGUUGACCUCACACAUUUCUUUACAAAUCACUAACAAUAAGCUAAUUCCUGGUGCAGUCUACUCCCAAGGAUUGAGAGGUUAAAGUUACAAUAUUCCUUAAGAUCAGAGGUCUUCAAACCUGCACCUAGAAACUCACUGUCCUACAAAGUUUAGAGGCGUAUAACAAGUACUAAUGCCCUAUUCUACACUAUUCUGUAGUAUAAAUAGCGCGAGUAGUGUGUGUUUACAUUCAACAAGAAGUGCAUUUCAAGUACCCACUUUACACACUCAACCUUAGACAAAAUAAAUGCAUAGAGUACUGCAUACUAGUAUUUUUUUGUUUCACCAUAUCACAUAAUGUUGUACCACUGUAACUGCUUUCUUUCAUCUUUGUAAUUGUUUGUUUUUGUGUAUAUCUGUAUGCUUUUAUUACUAUAAGAAUAUAGAAAGCAGACCGACUGCAAGUGUCUCACUAUUUGAUGUGUGUGAAUAAGCAGUUUACAUUUUCAUGUAAAAUGUUUUAGUUAAGCUAUUUGUAUUAAA